CCUGCUUUACAACUCAGACGUAUUUGUGGCCAGCUGUUGUCGUUUGCUGUCUCGCUGCGUGAUUGUCAAAGACAAAUAGAUGAACGCACUCUGCUUCCAAUAACUCCGCCGACAAUCAUAACAGCGCACUUGGACACGGACACGGUUGUGAUACUGAGUUUUGACACCUGUGGAAUAAGGCGACUGUUCCCCACUUUUAUCUGUGAUUUCUCGAACUAACUUUUGUCAAUUUGUCCUCAUAACUGUUUCGCCGUGUGACGGACAACUCUGCAAACCAAUGACAGCAUAAUAAAAGUCUGUAUACACCGCCGUUGCCGUGGUUACAGACCGACAUUCCAAAGAUCUGGACCUCGCGGGGCGGGACUUGUAGUUUAAGCAUGGGUGGAUGCACUUUUUGAACAAGCAAGUAACGGAGCUCAUGAACUAGGAGAGCGAGUGACACCAGGAUGGGAAUGCUACAGUAGCAAGGCUGUGCCAGAAGUGAGGCCGAGCUUUCACCCCUCUGCUGCAUUUAGAACUGCUGCUCAUUUUUUCAUAGCAGCCUGACAGCAGAGCAGUUUGACAAGAAGAUAGACAGUCAGAUAUGUCCCACGUUCCUGCCUGAGCACUGCCUGGGGACGUAUAAUGACUUAUUGAAUUCUUACUAAAUCAAUGGACAAGAGGAAGUUCCCUGGCACAAUGUUCAGGCAAGGGGAUGCAUCAUCCAAAAGGCGCCCUGGUGGUGGGGGUGGUGGAAGUGGGCUCAACCUGCCCCAGCCUCCACCACCCUCCUCCUCUAACCAGCAGGGUCGUAUCAGGGCUGUGGAGGUGGCGAGAGGGAGAACGGGAUAUGGCUUUACGCUGUCAGGCCAAAGUCCAUGUGUCCUCAGCUGCAUCCUGAAAGGGAGCCCUGCAGACUAUGUAGGUUUGCGUUCAGGAGACUACAUCCUGUCCGUCAAUGACAUCAAUGUCUCAAAGGCGUCCCACGAAGAUGUGGUUAAACUCAUUGGACGCUGCUCCGGUGUCUUGAAACUGGUCAUCGCUGAGGGAGAACGUCACAGGAGGCACCAUCACCACCAACGCUCUGCUGGAAGUCGUCACCAUAGCAGCAACACAAUGGCAGCAUCUUACCUGGACUCGUGCUCUAGUGAUGAUGAGUUGGAUGGUUUCUAUGACAACAGUGUCAACAACAACAAUAACAGCAGGUCAGGCGGUGGAGCCCGUGGCGGCUGGUACAAACCCAAACUAGAUUCUAAGCAGCUGGGAAUCAACAGGGCAGAGAAAGUUGUGGCAGAGCUGCAGUCCGGAGGUAUUUUCAACAUGAUCUUUGAGAACUCUAGCCACUCCUCCAGCAGCUCAGACAAAGACAGGCCUGGGGUUAGCUCAUCAUCGAAGCCACGUCCGGUCUCCGAUCCAGAAUUCCCUCAAUACCGUAACCCUUCCCGUUCCCAGAGCAACCCCAACCUGCUCUCUGAGGAGGAGAUGGCCCAAGUUCUGAAUGAUGACUCUGUCUUCCUGGACUCAGACUUCCGUCAUCUCCACCUUCACCACCAUGAAGAGCAAGACUUAGAUGUGGGAGAUGGUGGUGACUUGGUCCUAGAGCCAAGCGAGGGCAUCCUCAAUGUGGGCAUGAUUGUUGGCUAUCUGGGCUCCAUCGAGCUGGCCUCUAUUGGGACGAGCUUAGAGACAGACAGCUUGCAAGCCAUCAGAUGCAGCAUGAGGCGCCUCCGGGCCGAACAAAAGAUCCAUUCACUGGUCCUCAUGAAGGUCAUGCAUGACAGUGUGCGUCUGUGCAGUGACCGAGGUCAGGUCUUGGCCACCUAUCCUGCAGAAAAACUAGCCUUCAGCGCCUGUUGUCCCGACGACCGUCGAUUCUUCGGACUAGUCACAAUGCAGGCCACUGACGACCACGACGACUGUCAUUUCAGCAAUGGACGAGAUGAAGAGGGCGGUUUGAGGACUUCCUGUCACGUGUUCAUCGUGGACCCAGAACUCUGUCUCCACCAGGUCCAUUCAGGUGUAGCCCGGAGGUUUGGCUUUGAGUGCACCCCGGACCCAGACACAGGAGGCUGCCUGGAAUUCCCGCCGAGUUCUCAGCCUCUGCUCCAGUUUGUCUCUGUCCUCUACCGGGAUAUGGGGGACAACAUUGAGGGGGUCCGGGCCCGGGCCUUUCAUGAUCCAGACAACGAUGCCCAGCAGAACCACAGCACCAGCAGCAACAGUGACAGCGGGAUUGGCAACUUUUUACCAGAAGAGAAGAGCAACAGGGUGCUUUUAGUGGACCUCGGAGGUCCUCCUAAUCACAACCACACCUCUGGGCCACGACACUGGGACAGCCCACCUUCCUCCCAGCAGGCCUGGAGCCCCACCCUUGGAGCUGCAGCCCCGCACCCACCUCCUCCUCCUCCUCCACCAGCUCUGAGAAACGGCCACUACCGUCACGACCCACACCUGGCUGACCUCCCUCACCCUCUCCCCUUGGCUCACCCUGAUGUUCCCGGCAGGCACUCUCGAGGGGUCCACCCACACCACUACUCACCAGGGAAGCGGGGAGGAGCUGUGGGGGGAGGAGAAAAGAGAGGAGGUGGAGGAGUAGGGGUGGAGCAGCAGCGGUGGCUGCCAGUCCAUGUGCUGAGAGACUGGCGUCAGCAGCACCACCACAGCCACCUUCAGGGCCUGAGCAGCGAUCAGGAGUCCUACGCCGAAUCCACCGACGGAUGGUCAUCAGCCAACUGCAGCACCCUGCCCCCACCCAUGAAUAAGAUCCCAGCCGACCGCUACCGGGCCCCACUGGCCCCCGGAGACCACCUGCCACCACCUGGAGGGAGCCAGCCUCCUCCUCCUCCUUCACAUCCCCAAUCCCACACCCACCGGCUGGCUGUUCAGAAAGAUGAGUGGGCUAAGAAGCUCUUUGGUGCUGGGGACAGGGAGAGAGCUGGAGCUGAGAGAAGCGAUAGAGAGAAGAAGAGAGGGAACGCAAAGGAGGGAGAGAAAAAGGGUGGUCGUUUUCGUGGUCUGACCAUGGGCUUCCCUCCUCUCCCCCAGCGCUCCUCAGCCAGACGCUCCUUUGGACGCUCCAAACGUCUCAGCCUGGCCCGUUCUCUGGAUGAUCUGGAGUCUGCUGCAGUCUCUGAUGGAGAGCUUAACAGCGUGGAGCUGCAGGGCUGCAGCAGCGACAACAGUCUGAACAGUAAUGCCAGCCUGCCCAGCGUUCAGAGCCACCGGCGCCACACUGAGAGGAGAGUGGCCAGCUGGGCUGUCUGCUUCGAGAGACUGCUGCAGGACCCCGUGGGAGUCCGCUACUUCUCGGAGUUCCUAAAGAAAGAGUUCAGUGAGGAGAAUAUCUUGUUCUGGCAGGCUUGUGAGUUCUUCAGUCACGUCCCUGAGAAUGACAAGAAGCAGCUCUCUCAGCGUGCCAGGGAGAUCUACAACAGCUUCCUGUCCAGUAAAGCCACAACACCGGUCAACAUAGACAGUCAAGCUCAACUCGCUGACGACAUACUCAACGCCCCCCGGCCUGACAUGUUCAAGGAGCAGCAGCUGCAGAUCUUCAACCUGAUGAAGUUCGACAGCUACACACGGUUCCUCAAGUCACUGCUGUACCAGGAGUGUAUGCUAGCAGAGGUGGAGGGGAGGCCCUUGCCUGACCCCUACCACAUACCCAGCAGCCCCACCUCCAAACACAGCACCACCGGCUCUGACCGCUCUAACCUCUCCACACCUAAGAAGGAGGACAAAAAGACCAAGUCGGGCAGAUCUUUAAAUGAGGACAGUCGGGAUGAUUCGGGAGACCGAAGGAAAGGCAUGUUCUUCUCCUGGUCCCGCAACAGGAGCUUCGGCAAAGGCCCGAAGAAACGAGAGCUUACCGACUUCAACUACAAUUUCUCUGGCAGUAAUGGUCGCCGUGAAUCCCAGGGUUCACUGUCCUCAGGAGCCAGUCUGGAGCUGGGGACAUCAGGGUCGGGGAGGAACGAGGGUGAUGUUUCCCGUGGUGCAGUAUCAGUGUCAACAGAGCGUGGAGGGGGCAGCGCCCCCUUGAGGCAGUGUAACAUAAGCUUGCCGGACGGCUCAUGUUGCUCAGUGCCACUGAGAGCUGGAGUGUCCAUCAGGGACCUGCUGCUGGGCCUUUGUGAGAAGCUCUGCAUCAACCUGGCAGCUAUAGACCUCUUCCUGGUUGGAGGGGAGAAGCCACUUGUUUUGGACCAAGACUGUAUGACACUGUGCUCUCGGGAUCUCCGACUAGAAAAACGCACUCUGUUCAGACUGGACUUGGUCCCUAUUAACCGUUCAGUGGGAUUAAAAGCAAAGCCCACCAAGCCAGUGACUGAGGUCCUCAGGCCUGUUGUGGCUAAGUAUGGCCUGCACCUCUCUGACUUGGUGGCACGCAUUAGUGGGGAGUUGGAGCCACUUGAUCUAGGUCUUCCUAUAUCCAACCUGGAUGGGCUGCGAGUGGUGUUAGAUAUAGCAGAACACACUCCUGGAAAAGCAGACAAACAGAAGGUAGUAGUUCCCUCGACAAGCAGAAACCAAUCAACAACAGGGGAGGACAGGCCAUCAGGGAAAGCCGGUUCAGCUCACCCCCAUGGGGAAAACGGCAAGGCUGCGCCCAGCCCUGCCACAAGCAGCCAGCCUUUACCCAACCACUCUGUCUCUCUCCAUAAGGCUCCGGAGAAAAGAAAGCAGAAAAAGAUUAAUAUAGACGAAGCUGAAGAGUUCUUCAACCUCAUAUCCAAAGCUCAGAGCAACCGAGCAGACGACCAGCGAGGCCUGCUAAACAAAAGCGACCUGCAGCUCCCAGACUUUCUGCGCCUGUCGCCAGUGACAACCAACCAGGCUGCGCCUCCUCUCUACGACCCCGAGCCCAGUUGCUCCACCCCAUAUUCCCGUAACCCCAACAACGGCAGCUUCCCUAGCAGCGGUCGCCGGGGCAAUAAAACGAACAGCAAUGACAGGGGAGGAGGAGGCAGCACUCACUUGCUCAACGCAAGCCAUCAGUCCCAGAGCUUGGACUCUGCACUGGGCACUGAGAGUGGAGGGGGGAGGAAAGCCAGACCACCUCCUCCGUUUCCUGGCACCAUCUCCCCCAUCCACCCGUCCCAGGGUGCCCAGCGUUGUCUCCUCCAGGACUCUGUCAGGGGAGAAUCGGUCCAGAUGCUGGAGGAGGACACCCUGUCUGAUCUGACUCUUGUGGGAGAGGGGGACAUUAACAGCCCCAACCUCAACUACGUCACUCCCUCAGCCCUACAGUGCAAACCCCACCCCCGACCCCAACAACAAGCACAGGACGGUCGGCCUAGCUCAGGUACUUCCCCCGUGUGAACUCUCAAAACUUUCGAACUUUCACCUCUUCCUUCACCUGACUGUGAACGGGACUGGAGACCCAAUAAAGUCAGUUAGAAGUUCCUUGUUGGUCACGACCCGGAAUGCAUCCAGAUCUCCUCCUUUCAUUUCAUAAAUCACUACUAAUUAAAAUCAUGGAACCUUUAAUCCCAUAUUUAAGUGUAAAAUACAGUAAGUAAUGUAAAAGUCUGAGCUGAGACUCGUGACAUGCAGUAUAUGUGAGUUUUAAUUUAGUCAAACAAUGGUUAUUGAUAGAGUGAUGUAUGCACUACCCUGCGGCCAGCAUCUACUGCAAGUCAACAACCUAGAUCAGGUAAGACACAUGAAGAGAGGAAAAAUGGAUGCAUUAGGCUCAGACAGACCUUGUCCUUGGAAUUUCCCUGCGUGGUGUGUAUCUGUGUGACUUGCUGUGGAUUUCUUUCUGGAGACAUGAGCUCGAGGAACGAGCGCAGGAUGAAUUGACGGUGAGCAGUGCCAAACUCCCCCGCCUCCCCUCCCAGUGUACAGAAUCUAACAAAGCACUUUAGCCAAUUACAAACAAGACUUUACACAUUUAAAAAAAAUCUUUUCGCUUGCUUUUUUACUUUUUUUUUUUUUUUACUUAAAUCUUUCAUGAGGUCUGUUUCAUGCUACAGGUGGUUGAGCUGCCGUACGUUCAGAAAACAGUUAGCCAACAGUCAUUUAACUUUGGUGUGAAGGCUUCAUUGCUGCACAGGACCGUGUAUUGUUUUCAACUUAUUACAUGCUUUUGAGCACACUGCAUGCUGACACGAAGAGCCUGACCCCAUAAAUACAAACUCAUACCAUGAGCGCACGCAUUCACUCAGCUGUUCUUUAUCGAGCACAGUACAUUCUGUAUUUCUACCACUGUCCUCUCACCUCAGGCAUUUCUCGUGUCACUCAUGAAAACACACUAUGGAGAUUGCACACACAUGCAACCUUGCUCUCUGACCAAAACGAUUCCCUAAACUUGUGCACUGACUGUACAUGAAAGGUUUUUAUUUUUUCUCUUUUUCAUCUCCAUUCUUCUCCUUUGCACUACAACCACAGCAGCAUCUGUUUUUAUUCCGUCCACAGUCUAGCAAUUCAACAGUGUUUUAAACUGUCCGUCCCUGCAGGGUCUUAGCUGGAAAAAUUGGUUCUAACAAGUCAAACCGUUUUACUUUUUAAAGGUUUUACUCAUACUUUAUCCCUGUGCUAUUAAUUUAUCCCACAUCCUUUUCAUUUUUACAAUCUAUCAGCUAAAAGUAUUAAUUUGUAUAUAGUCAACUUUGUGAAAUCACCGUAUUGCUGUAGUCAUUGUUCAAAUGCAAUGCAGCCAUGCCGUUUUCAGUUGUAUCACAAUAGAAAUCAGUUCUCCUCUGUUCAGUUCAGUUGCCUGUACUGUCUGUAAAUAGAUCAAAUAAAUGUUUUAAAGGUU